AUGCUUAGAGAUAAAGAGGCAAAAGAGGGCGAAAAUGGCUCCAUCUAUUCCGUCUCCGGGCCUGUCAUAGUCGCGGAGAACAUGAUCGGAUGUGCUAUGUACGAGCUUGUACGAGUUGGACACGACUGUUUGAUGGGCGAAGUCAUUAGGAUAGAAGCGGACAAGGCGACCAUCCAGGUUUACGAGGAGACUGCCGGUGUCACUGUCGGCGAUCCAGUGCUGAGAACCGGAAAGCCACUAUCCGUCGAACUCGGUCCUGGGUUAAUGGAAAACAUCUACGACGGUAUUCAACGUCCGUUAAAGGCUAUUCAAAAGCAAUCCGACAGCAUCUAUAUUCCCCGUGGUAUCGACGUUGCGGCUUUGGAUCGUGAAAGUCAAUGGGGAUUCGAUCCGAUAAAAAUGAAGGUAGGAGAUCAUAUCACUGGAGGAGACUUCUACGCUGUCGUACACGAAAACUCGUUAAUGAACGAACAUAACAUCCUUCUACCCCCUCGUGCUCGCGGUACUAUCACUUGGAUCGCAGAAAAGGGAAAUUAUAAUGUUACGGAUAAGGUUUUGGAGGUUGAGUUUGAUGGCAAGAAACAGUCGUACCCGAUGAUGCACACCUGGCCCGUCCGUGUCCCUCGCCCGGUGGCGGAGCGACAGCAGGCGGAUUAUCCAUUGUUCACCGGACAGAGGGUUUUGGAUGCACUGUUUCCGUCCGUGCAGGGUGGUACGACGGCUAUCCCUGGCGCUUUCGGAUGUGGAAAGACCGUGAUUAGUCAGUCAUUAAGUAAAUUCUCAAAUACCGAUGGUAUCAUCUAUGUUGGGUGCGGUGAGAGAGGAAACGAGAUGGCGGAAGUCUUGAAGGAGUUCCCAGAGCUUUCUAUCGAGGUCAAGGGACGUAAAGAGCAAAUCAUGAAGCGAACAACCCUUGUCGCCAAUACCUCCAAUAUGCCUGUCGCAGCCCGUGAGGCUUCCAUCUAUACGGGUAUCACUCUCGCGGAAUACUUCCGUGACCAAGGCAAGGACGUGGCAGUGAUUGCAGACUCGUCCUCCCGCUGGGCCGAAGCUCUUCGUGAAAUCUCUGGUCGUUUGGGUGAAAUGCCUGCAGAUCAGGGUUUCCCAGCUUACCUCGGUUCCAAGUUAGCCAGUUUCUACGAACGUGCUGGUAAAGUCAAGUGUCUCGGAAGUCCGAACCGAAGUGGAUCUGUAUCUAUUGUUGGCGCCGUCAGUCCUCCGGGUGGUGAUUUCUCGGAUCCAGUCACUUCGUCGACUUUAGGUAUCGUGCAGGUCUUUUGGGGUCUCGACAAGCGUUUGGCUCAGAGAAAACAUUUCCCAUCUGUGAACACCAGUCUUUCGUACAGCAAGUACGCCGGUAUCUUGGACAAAUACUACGAGAAACAAUACCCAGACUUCCCCAAAUACCGUGACCAGAUCAAAAAACUCCUCACCGAUUCCGAAGAACUCGAACAGGUCGUCCAGUUGGUCGGUGCUCAAUCUCUCGCUGAUAACGACAAAGUUACAUUAUGGGUGUCCGGUUUAGUCAAGGAAGACUUCUUGCAGCAGAACGGAUACUCCAAGUAUGAUCAAUACUGCCCGGUGUGGAAGAGCAACUGGAUGAUGAAAAAUAUGAUGAGUUUCCACGAUGAGACCCAAAAAGCGGUUGUUAGUGGCAUAGCGUGGAGCAAGAUCAAGAGCAGCACACAGGAUCUGCAAUAUCAGCUAAGAUCUAUGAAGUUCGAGAUUCCUGAUGAGGGAGAAGAGGCCAUCAGCGGCAAGUAUGGAAGGCUGCACCAGUCCAUUUUGGAGAAGUUUUCUGCAAUUGCCGACGAGUAG